GGGCAGGGCCCGCCGGCCAUUGGUCCCGCUGCCAAGGGAGCUUUGUGCAGAUCCAGUCUCGCCAGCGGGUGGGAAGCGACAGCCCCGCUCAGUCCCUCCAGCAGCUGUCUCUACCUCAUCUGCGAUUUGGUGGGGAGCCAGCGCACCAAGCCCGGGAGGAUGCGGCGCCCGCUGUGGCCUGGGGGCCUCCGGGGGCUCUGGCGGCUCCUCUGCUUCCUGCUGCUGAAGAGCCGCCCAGGGAGCGGCCGCGACGUUAGUGAUCACGAUGGUCAGGGCCAAGUGGGAGUGGGGCACGUCUGGACCCUCCAAGGAUUUACCACCCCAGUCUUCCAGCAGUUGCAAGUUGUACUCCAGCAGAUUAUGCCCCAAGGUUUGUUCUGGAAGGAUGACAUGACCCAGGAUGUGAUGACACAGAAGAUGGGGCACAUUGGCAAACUCCACCCCCAGGAUCCAUGUGUGAGGAUGGGGCAAGAAGCCUUUCCCACCAAAACCACCGGGGUGAGGAGCAAGCAAGGGGAGAAACUUCGACUCCUAUUCCCCAAGGCCCCAGUGGUCAAGGUGAACAGGGAUCAGUGCUUUACCUCCAAAGUGGUUUCGAAGGCCCUGAAACGAGAGGUGACCAACCCUGUCAAGGGCUUCUUUGAGUUGCCCCCCACUGUGGGCCACAACCUUGUCGCUGAUUGAGACCUAAUGCAAAGCUGCUUUGCCCCAUUGCCCUCUGGAGGGGAAGUUCCAGGAUGACCGAAAUCUGGAUCAUUAAAGUGACUUUGAU